GUUCUUCACAUGUAGUGUCUUCCCUGGUGACGAAACAAAAUGACCAAUCAUCAUCAUCGAUAUUGUGCCCUGCUGUUGGUUACUGUAUCAUCCGUUCUUAUUAUGCUGUAUUACACAUCUGUACACGUAAUCCCUGGUGAUCACUUGCCGUGGAAACCACCAGAAUCCCGCAUUUAUAUGCAUACUAACAGGUCCUCCAUUGAGGUCGAAGAAGCAGACAAUCAACUUGGCAGUAAUGUAUCUACAUCAGGAGGACUGACGAAUUCAUCAGUGGAAAAGCCAAAAGAAAGGGAAACAAGGUCCUCCAUUGAGGUCGAAGAAGCAGAGUCAGUGACUACAAUGAUGGACUUGGCAGUAAUAUAUCUACAUCAGGAGGACUGACAAACUCAUCAGUGGAAAAGCCAAAAGCUAUGGAAACAAGUCCAUUACAGAAGUUCCAUUAUUACGCUCGACAAAUACCGGAGGAGUCGGUCGCUGAGAAGAAGUUCCUUGCCGACCAGGCAGCUGUGCAGUCCGUACCGACGGAAGCACCUGGAUGGGUCUAUAACAAAACAGGUGCGGACCUGUUUCGGAAAAGACUUGUAGGCGACAGUCGCUUUGCGAACGGGAAUUUUCUUGUCACACAACAGACAGUUAAUAAGUCCGGCCUAAUGACUCAUAGUGAAAAUCAUGACAACAUCACUGUGCCAGAAAAAGUCUUCAAUGGAUUUCCCAAAGAAAGCCCGUUUAAGAACAAACACUUCAAUACUUGCAGUGUGGUGGGAAACGGUGGAAUACUGAAGGGAAGCGGCUGUGGAAAAGAGAUAGACGCAUCUGAGUUUGUGUUCAGGUUCAACAUGGCUCCAAUGGGAGAUAAAUAUUCCAGGGACAUUGUAAAUAAAACUAAUCUCAUCACCAUAAACCCCUCUAUGAUAGACUACAGGUACACCAAGGGCAAGGGAAAAGGAAUAGACGUUAAAUCAUUAACGCAUGACCUAUCCGCGUACAGAGACAGCUACCUCUGGAUCUGGGCCCUUCUGUCCCAAAGUAACGCUAGAAGCGCCUUCAAAGUACAGGAAGCUCUACAAGGAGCCAGCGCCCGUAACCAGGUUAACGUUAUCUUCCCGUAUCCACUUGUGACAGGAGCAAUUAUAUCAUUUUGGAAAAAGCAUAUAUCUGCUCAAAGGCCAUCCUCAGGACUGCUCCUGGCGAGUUUGGCUACACAGAUGUGCGAGGAGGUGCGUCUGUACGGCUUCUGGCCCUUCCACGCCGACAGGAACAACAGACGCCUGACUCAGCACUACUACGGCAAUGCCCUUCCCACGAAAGUUCACAAAAUACCGCUUGAGCUCAGACAGCUACAGAUACUACACAACAAUGGAAUUGUUCGUCUGACAACCCACCCAUGUCAAUAAGUGCUCAAUAAGUGGACAGUGUCAAUGGUAUACAUACUAUGUAUACCAUGUAAAACUGAAUACUGUUUAGAACAAUACCUAGAACACUGUGACUUCGAUCAGCGCUCCGCUAUUAGUAAAAUUAGAAUCAGUGCC